UCCACUCGCGCGAUCCGUCAGUUCGUUACGACCCAAAAUGAAAGCGGUUCUCUGUGUGCUGCCCCUGUUAGCGGCCUUGGUGUGCUCCCUGCCCACCGCCGAGAAGGAGGGCUCCUCCAAGGGCGCCUCCUUCGCCAGUGCGACCUCGCAGCUGAUUGCCAUGCAGCUGCUGAAGUUCAACAAAGACAUCGACGCCAACCAGGUGCACUCGCCCCUGGGAGUGACCUCCAUUCUGGGAGUGCUGGCAGAGGCCUCCGAGGGCGAGACCUACGCGGAGUUCACCAAGGUCUUCGGAUAUCCCAAGGAUCGCUCGCAGCUGCGGGACGUGUACCGUCGAGUGCUAGGACGCUACCAGAACCGAGAUUCCGCCGUGGCACUGCCCUCGUUCCAGACCUGGUUCUACAUCUACCGCAACCACAGCGCCCGGGAGGAGUUCAAGGAGCUGCUGCAGCAGCACUACUUCGUGGAGGUGAAGGACAUCAACCGGAAGGACUACGACUGGAACGAGCCCAACACUUCGCUCCAGCUCCAGCCAGAGGGAAGCGGAUCCGACGCCCCCGAGGCCGGGGAGGAGAGCCUCAGCAGCACGGAGCAGAGUAACAGCAAGGAUGUGAUCGGAUUCGAGACCCUGAAGCGCAUCAACCUGGACGACGAUUUGCUGUCAGUGCCCGCCGACACCUACGGCGAGGAGGUGCUGGACAAGGAGGCCUCCAAGCUGGACCGCGACGUGGACGACAAGCAGUAUGUGGAAAAACCAGUUGCCCAAGCGGAGGCCGAGCAGCUGCAAAGGGAGCAGGCGGCAGCCACCACCACCACGGAGGCGGAAGCGGAGGCCACAACCCCAGAAGCAGAAGCAGCAGCUGUGGAAAAACAGGAAAAACAAGCCAUCGCCGCAGCUGGGGAAAAUCCAGUGGAGAAGCAGCAGAACAAGAGGAGCGACAACGAGGAGAAUCAGAGUCAGAAUCUCAAUCUGGAGGAGAACGAGACGGUGCAGGAGGAGGAGAAGCUGCGCAAAGUGGUCGGCUCUGAGGCGGUGACCGCCGGUGAACCCGAGAAGGUGCGUCUACCCCUCCAGAAACUGGAAAGCGCCGUCAACACAGCGGCGUCCAAGGAGGGCGGUGCCGACGAGAUCAUGCUGGCCUUGGAGUCGCAUCUGGGAGCGGUUAGUCGGGUCUAUGGAGCCCGCAGUCUGUUCCGGCAGGACGACAUCACCUCUGCCCUGAGCGCCAACUCCAUCACUGGCCGCUCCGCCGGAGCCAAGUCCAAGAUGCUGCUCUUCAACGGCCUGUACUACAGGGGGAGCUGGGCCACGCCCUUCUACCAACUGAGGGAUGGGAGUGACGAGUUCUUCUUCAUGACCAACGAGGACGCCAUGAAGGCUCCGAUGAUGCACACCCGCGGCCAGUUCCUGGUGGCCGAUCUGCCCCAGCUGAAGGCCCGUGUCCUGUCGCUGCCCUACGAGACCUCGCGCUACGCCCUGUGCAUCCUGCUGCCCGACGAGACGGAGGGCCUCCACGAUGUCAUCGCCCAGAUGCAGCCCAGCGACUUCCAGCUGGGACGCGAGAAGGCGCAGCUCCGGCAGAUGCACGUGUCCCUGCCCAAGUUCCAGGUGGAGGAGACCUCGCGCUCCGAGUCGAUGCUCAAGCAGAUGGGCCUGCGGCGCCUCUUCUCCCGCACCGAGGCCCAGUUGGGGCUGCUCUCGGAGGACCCCGACGUCCAUGUGGAUGAGAUUGUCCAGUUCGUGAAUGUCCGCGUGGACGAGGGCGGCAGCAGCGCCAACGCCCUCUCCGCGGCCACCCAGGCCCGCUCUCCACAGGCUGCAGAGGAUUCCGCCUCUGUCCUGCCCGUGCCCGAGCCGGAGCCGGAGCCGGGCGUGGAACGGUUCGAGGUGAACCGCCCCUUCGCCUACUUCAUCAUGGACUGCGAGGAGCAGUUCGUCCUCGCCUCUGGCAAGGUCUACACGCCAGAGUUCAAGGACGAUCUGCCCGGUGUUUCUGUGGAGAUUGAGCUGGAACAGUCGUAGGUCCUGGGCAUCGACUGGUGCUCCUUCUAGAUUCUAAGUUUCGUAACGAAUUUUCACCGAUCCACAUGCACAUUUCAUGCAUCAAUAAACGUACAAUUCAUUUUCCCAAAA